AGAAGGAGGAAGUAAAGAAGGAAGGAUAACAAAGGAUGCAACAAAGGAAGGAAAAUGAGCUUCACUCUCUGCUGACUCCUCAAGUACACACACACUCACACACACACUCACACACACACACACACUCACACACACACGCACAGCGGAGUGCUGCGAUGCAGGAGUGGUGUGUUGGAGGGUGAGAGCAGCGAGUGAGCAAAGGCUGCCUGAGUGUGUGUGUGUGUGUGUGUGUGUGAGAGAGAGAGAGGGAGAGAGAGCGAGCUGCCAGCCCUGUGAUUGGCUGAGCCCGGCAAGAUGCACCAACAGCUGAAAGAAGUGGACGGGGAAGAGGAGGAGGAGGAGGAGGAGGCUGCAGAUAGAGAGAAGAGAGAAUACAAAGAGCGUGUGAGUGAGUUAGUGCGUGUUACAUGCCUGCUAAUGUGUGUGUGAGAGAGAGACAUCCAGAGGUGUGUGUGUGUGUGUGAGUGUGUGCAGCAGCGAGGAGGAGGAGGAAACCUGAUCUCACUCUCUCUCUCUCUGUCGGUGUGGAAUACCGCUCUCCGUCAGCUCUCGUCCUCAUCCUCCUCACUGUUAGCCUCACAUAGCUUAGCCCCCGGCCCGGUCUGGUCCGGCCCGGCUCGGACCCGGUGAGCUGAUGGAGCGCUUCCUCGCCCUGCUGCGCCUGCUGGGCAGGAGGAGGCGAGGGAGGAGGUACCGGGCGGACGACGACUACCAGGAAGGAUACGAGGACGUUUACUACUACACCAGCAAGUACAACACACACCUACUGAAUGAGGGGCCGUACACCAAACACUCUGCCGGCUCGAGACCUCCAGACGGGGCGCUGGCCAUCAGGAGACAGAGUAUACCAGACGAGUUCCGCGGCAGCUCGGUGGUGGAGCUGAUGAAGAAGGAGGGGACGACGCUCGGGCUGACGGUGUCGGGCGGCAUCGACAAAGACGGGAAACCCCGGGUUUCAAACCUGCGGCAGGGUGGCAUCGCCGCCAGGAGCGACCAGCUGAGCGUGGGCGACUACAUCCGCGCCGUGAACGGCAUCAACCUCGCCAAGUUCAGACACGACGAGAUCAUCAGUCUGCUGAAGAACGUGGGCGAGCGCGUCGUCCUGGAGGUGGAGUACGAACUGCCGCCCGUCUCGGUGCAGGGGUCAGGGGUCAUGUUUAAGAACGUGGAGGUCACGCUUCACAAAGAAGGAAACAGUUUCGGCUUCGUCAUCAGAGGUGGGGCUCAUGAAGACCGGAACAAGUCUCGCCCCAUCGUCAUAACAACCAUCAGGCAAGGUGGACCGGCUGACAGAGAAGGAACCGUCAAACCAGGCGACCGGUUGCUAAGCAUCGACGGGAUCCGUCUCCACGGCAGCACGCUGUCGGAGGCCAUGAGCAUCCUGAAGCAGUGCGGACAGGAAGCGACGCUGCUGCUGGAGUACGACGUCUCGGUGAUGGACUCGGUUGCCACGGCGUCGGGGCCGCUGCUGGUGGAGGUCGCCAAGGUGACGGGCUCCAGCCUGGGCGUGGCUCUGUCCACCUCCAUGUUCUGCAGCAAGCAGGUCAUUGUCAUCGACAAGGUCAAACCGGCCAGCAUCGCAGACAGGUGUGGCGCUCUCCACGCAGGAGAUCACAUCUUGUCCGUCGAUGGAAAGUCGAUGGAGUUUUGUUCUCUGGCCGAAGCCACUCAGCUGCUCUCUGCCUCCUGUCAGACCGUCCGCAUGGAGAUCCUGCCUCAGCACCAGGCCCGACCGGCCCUGAACGCACCACAGCACGUCAAGGUGCAGCGUAGUCCCCGCCCCCUCCCCUGGGAGACCGGAAGCUCCGCCCCUGUCCUCCCUCCCUACCACUACAACACGUACCACCCCGACCAAUCAGCUGCCAGGUCGCACAACCGCCAUACAAACAACCCUCCGCUCAGCCACUCGUUCUCUCCCGGCUCCAUGUCAGCCUACAGUCUCUCGUCCCUCAACAUGAGCACAAUGCCCCGGAACAUGUAUCCCACAAGUCCGCGGGGCACGUUGAUGAGGAGGAAAGGCAAGAAGAAGGACUUCAAGAGCUCACUGUCUCUCGCGUCGAGCACCGUCGGCCUCGCUGGGCAGGUCGUCCACACGGAGACCACGGAGGUGGCGUUGCUCGGCGACGGCGUCAUGGGGUUCGGCCUGCAGCUGCAGGGCGGCGUGUUCGCCACGGAGACGCUGUCCUCGCCGCCGCUCAUCGCCUAUAUCGACCCCGACAGCCCUGCAGAAAGGUGCGGCAUCCUGCAGAUCGGCGACAGGAUCUUGUCCAUAAAUGGAGUUCCUACCGAAGACUCCACCCUGGAGGAAACCAAUCAGCUGCUCAGAGACUCGUCCAUCACGGCUCAGCUCACACUGGAGAUCGAGUUUGACGUCGCCGAGUCGGUCAUCCCGAGCUCCGGAACGUUCCACGUGAAGCUGCCGAAGAAACCGGGGGUGGAGCUGGGAAUCACCAUCAGCUCUCCGUCCAACAGGAAACCAAGUGAUCCACUGAUCAUCUCUGACAUUAAGAAAGGCAGCGUCGCACACAGGACGGGGACGUUGGAGCUCGGCGACAAGCUGCUCGCCAUCGACAACGUCCGGGUGGAGAACUGCUCGAUGGAGGAGGCGGUUCAGAUCCUGCAGCAGUGUGAAGAGCUCGUCAAGCUGAAGAUCCGCAAGGACGAAGACAACUCAGAUGAGCAGGAAGUGUCCGGCACCAUCAUCUACACGGUGGAGCUGCAGCGGUACGGAGGUCCACUGGGCAUCACCAUCUCCGGCACCGAGGAGCCGUUCGACCCCAUCAUCAUCUCCUCGCUGACCAAGGGCGGGCUCGCCGAGAGGACGGGUGCGAUCCACGUGGGCGAUCGAAUCCUGGCGAUCAACAGCAGCAGCCUGAAGGGGAAACCUCUGAGUGAGGCCAUCAGUCUGCUGCAGCAGGCGGGAGAGACGGUCACACUGAAGAUCAAGAAGCAGGGCGAGCUGUCGAGUCCAAAGUCCUGCGUGAUUGGUCCAGGUCUGAGCUCGGGGGUGGGGCUCGGCCCGGAGGACCAGGACGGGGAGGAGGAGCCCAUCGUCAUGGUGGCGCCUCCGUCGAGAGCGUUCAGCACUCUGCCGUCAGUCGACAGCGCCGUGGAGUCGUGGGACGGGUCCAACAUGGACGGCAGCUUCACCACGCCGGCUCCUCCAUUCCAGACGUCUCCGUACAGUUUCCACGAGUGGCGCAACGCCAAGACGGCCAACAGCCAAUCAUCGUCCUCCGCUCGCCAGCGAGCCAAUCCGCUUUCAGACCUGGGCCUGAGUGACGACGACUGGGACCGCCCACCGCUCGGAGGAGCCUGUCACCUGCCCAGCGGUUUAAUCACUGACAGCAGGUUCUCCGUGGGGCAUGAUGGGACGGAACCAGACCAGGAGGAGAACUUCUGGUCUCAGGCUCUGGAGGAUCUGGAGACGUGCGGUCAGAGCGGCAUCCUGCGCGAGCUGGAGGAGACUGACAAGGAGACGCAGCUCCUCACUCUGGCAACCAUCAUGUCGGGCUCCACCCUCAGUCUGAACCAUGACCCCACCCCCCUGCGCAGCACCCUGGGACGCCAGGCCAGUUUCCAGGAACGCAGCAGCUCCCGACCACAGGUGACACCUCGAUCCAACACCUUGCCCUCUGACCCCCAACGCCGAGCCUUCGCCAUGAGGAAGAUGAGGCAGGAAGUCAAUGAGAUCCUAAACCAGAACCCUGUGGAACUCCAUAAGUUGAAUCUUGAAAAGACCUCGGACCUGGAAGAUUUUGGUUUUAGUGUUUCCGAUGGUUUGUUGGACCGUGGCGUCUACGUCAACAAUAUCCGACUAGGAGGCCCGGCGGAGCGGGGUGGCCUCCGAGCCUACGACCGAAUACUACAGAUUAACCACGUGCGGACACGGGACUUCGACUGCUGCCUGGUCGUUCCCCUGAUUGCAGAGUCUCCAAAUCGUCUGGAUCUCGUCAUCAGUCGAAACCCCACCUCCUCCUCCCUGCUGGCCAAUCACACUGAUGGCAUCGCCAAAAGCGGCCACUCACCUCAGCCAAUUGGCAGCGAGCUGGGCCCGCCCGAGUUUUCUAUUGGCCAAUUAGAUGAUUGUGGUCCAAUCAAAUGGAGCCAACCUGGAGACAUGCUGGGGUUUGGGGUGGGGCAGGUGAAUAAUAGCUCCUUAUAGCGGACGAACCUGCAUCUAACUGGAUUAAACUGGUUGUAACCAGACUGGAACGGAGAGGUCAAUGAGGAAGGAACAAUACAACAAUGUUGAGUCAAACUGGUUUAGACCCAUCCAAACUGGUUCAGAGUGGACCCCCCAUGGUGCUACACACGCCCCCUGGAUGAACUUUGAUGUUAAACCACCAAGUUUGACCCUUGAACUGCUGAAAGAGCCUGAAAGCACACAGCUGGACCAGAAACAAUCCUAAAAUGUUCACCUUCUGCAAACUGGCACUACUAGUUUCACUGGAACCAGAACUAUGACUACUGAUCCUACUGGAACCACAACGAGCACUACUAGUCUUAUUGGUUUAAGAUUCAUGGGUACUGGUUCUUCUUGCCCGCAGCCAUGCCCCCUGGUUCUACUAAAGCCACAGACAAUGGUUUUACUGGUCUUAGAUCAAGGACAAGGACUACUGUCCCUUUCUUGACAGGAGCAACAGCCACUGGUCCUCCUGGUCAAAGACACUUGUGUUCUAGUCUUAGUGGUAACAGAACCAUGGCUAGUUGUCCUUCUAAAGCCAGAACCACAGCCAAGGGUCUUACUGGUCUAAGAUCAAUGGUUACUGGCUCUACAAGCCUAGAACAAGGGCUACUCGUCCCACUGAAACUAGAGCCACGGCCAAGUCUUACUGGUCCAAGACACAUGGGUUCUAGUCUUGGUGGUGAGAGAAUUGUGGCUCCUGGUUCAAUCGAACCUAGAGCCACAACCAGUGGUCUUAUCUUUUCCAAGACAUGGCUCUGGUUCUUGGUCUUGGGGUCACAGAACCAUAACUACUGGCCCUAACUGAAGCCAGAGCCAUAGCCAAUAGUCUUACUGGUCCAAGACAUGGUUCUAGCUCAUGGUAAGACCGCUGCUUCUACGAGUUCUGAACCAUGGGUCCAGGCCUGUGCGGUCUGGCCAAGAACCACAGCAGCACAAAGACUGAUGGGACUCCAGUCGAGAAUCCAGAACCUGCAGAUAGACUGGCACGAGGCCAAGGACACUAGAGAUGCUCCGAUCAGGGUGUUAUAUGGCUGAUGUCGUUGUGAGGUCAUCAUCCAAACUAGUUCUUUUCUAAAAACGUUUUACAGGAAGUUCCUGCAUGAGAAACCCUUUAAAACCCAUCACUUUCCAUCAGGUCAUUCAAUAAUGGAGGCCAAGUUGGUACAAAUUGUCGUCCUUGUAAAGGGAAAAAUAUUUGUACCUGGUCACACGACUUUCCAAUAACUGUUAGUUGUGGUUCGACAAACUGAAAAGCACUUUGGUUGAAACAUACACCUGGACUAUCAGCCACACUUAUUCUAUCCUGCAGAUCUUGAGUGGAAGCUGCGUGGCAAUGCAAAUUUAUGAAUCCCACCAGGGUUCAGGGGCAGAAGCACCGUGAUUGGCCCCACGCGUCGUAGUUUAGGUGGAAGAUGGUCGAGAUGGUAAAGUAUAAAUUAUUCAGGUGAGAGAGCUAGGUGGAGAUGGGGGAAGGUCAGGUAACGUUAAAAAUCUAGAAAAGUUGGAAUCCACAAAAACUUGCAGCUGCUCAUAUUUAGUUCUGACCUGAAGAUGUCAAAUUUCUUUUCACGGCAAAAAGGGAAGAACGCUCCAAAGGCUUUAUCCAACCAAAAUGUCCAGCAGAGAUGGAAAAUACCUGGACAAACAAAGAUGGUGGUCAUGGGGUUUGUGUCGCAUGGGGUCGAGUGUCACAAAAUGUUCAAAACAAUAACCAGAGGUAGAGUUGAAGAGCAGGCGGGAAAAAGCAUCGCUGGUUUUUAAUUUGGUGAAUUUCACAAUCGGAAAACAAAUCUAGUAAUUUCCAAUAAUUAUCAGCUGGUACUGAUCGGAGCAUCCCUGAUGGAGACGGAGGAGUUUACUUUUGAGGUUUUAGUUCUGUGCCAUGAACGAGCUGGGGACUAGAAAAGUAAUAAUCAUGUUGAUGAUGAUGAUGAUGAUGAUGAUGACACUGAGCAGUUCAAUAAGAAUCUUUUUCUACUGUUUACACCUGUUGGACUGGCCACACUGUGUGUAUGUAUGUGUGUGUGUGUGUGUGUUAUGUGUGUGCGUUAAACACAAGGCCAGUUAAGCCCCUCCAACCUCAACUUCUAGUCUUGGCUGUGCCCCCACCCCCCUUCCUUCUACCCUCGACCAAUAUACAGCCAGGAUGAGAGACAAGAAGGCAAAUUCUGAUUCAGCUGAUUGGCUGGAACCAAUCAGAAAAAAACAAACGCUUCCCUGCCUGUGAUUGGUUCUCCUUGACAUGCAAAAAGGAACCAAUCAGCUCACAGGGAGAAGCCAAGCAUGACCCCCCCCCCACCCCAAGUAACAGUGAUCUAUUAUGCUAAUCAAUUUGUGUGUUUUUUGAUUGACUUGUCAGUUUUCUCUGUUUGUUUGUUUGUUUCCAUGGCGACUGAGCCUGAAAAGAUGUAAAAUAGAUUUUAAAAAAAACAGUUGCGUCGCUGUUCACAUCGAAACCAUCGAACCCUGACGACCUUCACCUCAUUACCAAGAAAAAAGACCUGUGACAGUAAAUACCUGUGUCUGUGCGUGUGUGUGCGUGUGUGUGUGUGUGCGUUUACGUUGGAUUGAUGUCAACAUCUUCCUGCUCUCACCUCAGUAUGAACUCACUUUUUAAACUGGCCAAUCAGAACCUUUCCUUAGCACCAGUUGAGGCCAGUAGAAACCCUCCCCGACUUGAAUCGACCAAUAGCUGCUCUGGAACGGAUUCUUUUCAAUGUUGGAUAAGAGUGCUCUGAUUGGCUGUUACUGACUGGAUAGUUGCGUUUUGGCUGUUUCUGUGUAGCUAGCUGUGAUUGGCUGUCGGACUCCAUCCCAAACUUUGUGAACUAUGAUAUUUUCAUUCUGAAGCACAGUGCUAGCAUAUUGUUAGCACGUGGCUAACAGACACCAAGCACCUGAACAGAAUUAGCCUCACAUGUCUACCCUGGGGUUAACAGAAAUUCAGCGCAGGGCCAAUACUAGCUAAUGUUUACCACUGUACCACCUGGUAAAAAUUGUAAAUAUUCAGUUAGCACAUGCUAACACAGCUAAUAUAUGGUGAGCACAGUUAACACAAGGCUUACAUGGAACCAUAAUGUUAGCAUAUAACUAGUGUGGCCAGCACAUUGUUAAUGUAGGGCUAACAUCUGCUGAACAGGCUAUUAUGUGGUUAGCACACAGCUAACACCUGGCUAACAUAGCUGUGCCUGGCACAUAGCUAGCACAGUCCCAACAGUACAGACCUAACACCACAACUACAUGUUACACGGUUAGCGCAGACCUGGAACACAACUGAUGCGGGGCUACCUAGCUAGUUAUGAGUUAGCACACUGCUAACACAGGGCUGCCAACCACUUAACGCAGCUAGUAAAUGGAUAGCACAUGCUAAAACAUGGCUAACUCAUCUUAAAACAUAGCCAAGGGCACAUAGCUUAGCACAUGGCUAACACCUGUCCAACUCAGCCAGGUCUUAGCAUAGGGCUAACAACUGGCUAACAACUAGUCUUUAGUUAGGAGUCGACUCGCCGCCACCAUCUUAGGACAUUUACGCGAACACUGAGCUCAACAUCCAACCGGUUACCAUAGCAACAGUUGUGUACGGUUGCGAGGGGCAUGGCCUCAGGAGGGUCGUACAAGUGAGUUCUAAAGCCAUACACACUGUGUUAGUGUGCACAGUUUAACUGUGAGUGUGUGUGUGUGUGUGUUUGUGUGUGUGUUUGUGUGUAUGUGCGUGUAACUGCAGGGAUUUGCACUCUAGUGAUUCACCUCAGCAAGACAUCCACCCACACACACUCCCUAACACACACACUCACACACACACACACUCACACACAUACAUACACACACACACACACACACACACACAUACAUACAUGCAUUGCACUGCCAUUUUAAGAUAAUUGGUCAGAUUAGUUUCCAUGUAGCUUCACCAACCAACCAAACUAUUUUUCUUUAAAGGAACAGGGAUGUUGUAAAGUAUUUUUGUACAAAUUUAAUACUUUGGUAGCAUGACGUUCCUGUUGUUUGUCCCAUCGGGCUCCACUGCUCUUCUCCACCCCCCCUCCCCUUUGUAUGGACGACUACUGAGCAACAAUAAAGAUGAAGACCUGCUGGGA